AUGUCUUCAUACUUGAAACCAGAACACCUGGACCCAGCAUUGAGGCGGAAGCCAGUGUCCAACCCGAACCUGCGGGCUACGGCGCGUGCCGAUCAUCGGGAUGUGACAGCUGGUUCCUGUGAAACUCUGGCCCCAUCGACCCUGCCCCCAUCAUACGCCGACCUUUACGGCCCACCGCCAAAAACCCCAAGGACCCCAAGUCCAGGCUUACCUCCGCGGCCUCGGACAGCCGGGCCUCCAGCCUCGCCAAACCCCCAACCCGCGACAUCUGUUCAGAAGGCGUAUACCGAAGCUCGGCAUUUCCUCGGCGGUCUCAUCAAUCAUCCCACUGAAUCGAAUAAACAUGUUACUAUACUCCGACACUCUCAUGGGAUCGUCUUCUAUCGUGGAAAUACAACAUCAGUCUCGAUUUCAAUAUUCUCCGAUGCUCACCUACCAGCUGACCGUACUCUUUGGCUACAAAACCGAGGUUGGUCUGGCAAGACUGGGAUGCAAGUGAAAUCAUUUCUCCGCCUCCGAGACAGCUGGCUGGAUGUGACUCCUGGAAUGCCGGUAAGAGCCGAUCAAGUACCUCCAAACGAUGAGCGAGCGUGGCAACGCGACAUCAAGAAGUUUCGAAAGAAGGCUACUACUCGUCCACGCAAUGCGCAUGUGCUGCGGGAAACUUCCGUAGUACGCAUACCCGCCGAGGCGGGGGAUGGUUAUUUCCAGCUCGUCCUUUGUCAAGGACCCAAGAAAAAGGUGCUCGGGAAUAGCCCCGUGUUCCGCGUGUUGUCCGCAUCCACCGCUCCGAGCUCUAUCCGCGGUGCGAGCUUGAGCACUCUACCAAUGGAGGUUGGAGCCAUGGUUCUGAGUGUCUAUGCCAAUACUGCAGCACGUACUGCAGCUGCGCCGGCAGCUGUAGCCAUCCAAGCCAGAGUCGAUCGCCUGGCCCCUUCCCGAGUGACGAAAGCCGUGGCACAAAAGGUAUACACCACCAGUGGUGCCCAAAAUCGGAUUGGCGGUAUAAUCAACGGGCACCAUGGUCCUAUUGGUCAAUUUCAGCCAAAUCGGUUGACUCCGGAGAUUAUGAGCAAUGAACCGGUGACUGUUGAAGUUGGCCCGCAGCCACCAUUUCCAAUGUCUUUCAAGGCUCGUUCUCAACCCGCACCACCCCCGUCACUCAGAAGCGAGGAAGAUCAGCCAAACUUGAAUUUGACAAAAAUGCCCGACUGGGUAACAGAACAACUGAGAGGAUACUAUUUUGGCUGGGCUCGUUUUGAUGCUGCAGCGAACAGGGGCUCUGCGGUGAGUUCGUGGUAUCCGACUAUCCUGUCCGUGAGGGCGAUGGACCCUCUACAAGCUGCCAGUGUGAACCUGGCCCAAAUUGCGAAACGCACGGUGGCAUUACGCUUUCUACAAAAUGUCCCCCUUCAAAGCGAGAGAAUCGAGGUUCUUGUUUUAGGAUACCUUCGAGCUGAGAUCCCUCCGCCUACCGGAAACACAAGUAAACAACUAGCCGAUGCACAAGCUGCGGCGAUGGAGGCCGCUAUGCUUGCCGAUGUCUACGAUGUUACCGUCGUGCAGGAGACUCUUGCCCAUCCAGCAUGGGCUGCGGAACACCAAACUAUGGACCUUCAACCAAACUUAAAUUGGGUCGACCGUACCCAAGAAGGUCUCGCCAACAUUAUCACACGCGGGCAAAAGUUGGCCGAGAAGGUCCCAUUGCACAAGGUCGGAGUUCGAUCUGUUACCGAUGAGAUCAGAGAGAGCCAGAUCGCUGUCAACGGCUUUUUUAUUGUCCGGUGA